AUUUUAUUGAUUUCUUUUCUUUUCAUUGCAUGAAUAAUAUCAUCUGAAUUUACAGUCUGAGCAAAUCAAAGAAAAAUUCAAAUUGCGUCACUCCAAUUUUUUCUUUUUUUCUGUUUCUCUUUCACUUUUAUUUUUUUUUCUUUACUUUUUCUUUCCUAAAAAGAAAUACGAAACCUUAAUGUCAUCUGUUGAGUAUCGACAAAGAUCACUAUCACCUUAUUCAAAAAGGAGACAGUUCGAUGAAAGGUCUACCUCACGAAAUAGAAACGACGAUCAUUAUCGAAAAAACAAUUAUAACGAUCAUUACGACAAUCGACGAGAUUCUUACCGCAGCCGACAUGAAAAGGAAACGAGUAGUGAUGAACAAUACAGACGUCAUGACAACAACCGUUAUGGAGAUCGACAACGUAAUCGAGAAUAUCAUGAUGAAGAUAAACGACAACGACGACGUUACGGUGAUGGCGAAGGUCGUCAUCGUGAUUCAACCUCAUUUGCUAGCAUUCAAGGUGGACCUGAAAAACUACCUGGAGAAACCUAUAUGGAAUAUCGACGACGGGUACGUGAAAGUAGUGACAAAACCAUUUGGAUGGAUCACCCGCCUAGAAAAGAAGUAACAACAGAUGCAUCCUCAAAAAAGCGUCGAUCUCGUAAUGACAACAGUGACAGCCAGAGCAGUUCAAAUGAUGACAGUAGUGACGAUAAUAGUGAUGACGAAGAUCGACGUAGAAAGAGUCGACGACACAAACAUCGAAGUGAUCGUCGUAGUAAGAAACGUUCCAAGAAACACCAUCGACAUUCCUCAUCAAGAAAAGAACGUAGUAGACGACGACGAUCACCAUCACCUAUCUCUUCUGACUCUUCCGAUAGUGAUCAAGAAAAUGAAAAGGUAGCAUCAGUAUCAUCUCCUCCAGCACAACAACCUGUAUUGGAUGAUCAUAUCAAUUUGGAUUCAGAAGAUCUUUGGGUUGAAAAACAAGUGGACUUACCCGAUGAUCUGGCACCUGUGGGACCAGUACCAUUAUCCAAAGAUGAAAAGGAAGAUGAACGAGCUUAUGGAUCAGCUUUACUUCCCGGUGAAGGAUCUGCUAUGGCUGCUUAUGUGAAAGAAGGCAAACGUAUUCCUCGUCGUGGUGAAAUUGGACUUUCUGGUGAUCAGAUUGCUGAAUUUGAAAACGCUGGUUAUGUGAUGAGUGGAAGCAGACAUCGUCGUAUGAAUGCUGUUCGAUUACGAAAGGAAAAUCAAGUUAUCUCGGCCGAAGAAAAACGAUUAUUAUUACAACACGCCUCCGAUGAAAGAAUGAAACGGGAAAAUGACAUUAUAUCUGAAUUUAGAGAGAUUCUUAGUGACAAAUUCAAAAAACCAGAAUGAAUAAAAAAAACCAAUUUUUUUUUGUA